UUUUUUUUUCUUUUUCUUUUGAUUCAACAAAGAAUAUGGAUGCUUCUAAGGAUGUUGGGAUGGAUAUAGACAUGCCGGAUGCCGAGCUAGGGAUCAAUGAUAGACAAACAACAGAGAAAAUUGACAGUACAACUACAUCAACUAUGCCAAUCAACGAAACAGACGAAAAUUAUUAUGCACAACGUUUUACUCGACCUAAUGCUUUAUUUUUAUAUGGACUUGAAAGUAUGAGUACCGAAGAUAUCCAAACUUAUUGCAAAGACACUACUUUGAAAAAGAUCGAAUGGAUCGAUGACUCAUCUUGUGUAUUGGUGUAUGAAGACGAAUCUAAUGCCAACGAUGCUGCACACAAGUUACUUGCACAACCACCAUUAAACACUGAAGGCAGUUUGAGCAGCACUGAUCUUUCCAAAGCAAAACCCUUUGAACGACCUACGCAUGACAACGAUAGUAACACCACAGCCGACAAUGACGCAGUACCAUUGAUACGUCCUCCUGUCUUACCCAAGAUAGACACACUGUAUAUCCGUAUGGCGACUGACAAUGAUAUCAAGACACGUGGAUCUAGAGAACGAAGUAGAUACUAUUUGUUACAUGGGGAACCUGAUUCUAAACAACAACGAUCAACAAGCAAUAAGCCUUUGUCUAUUUUGGAUCGUCUUGGAUCAAAAGUGCCACCAUUAUCAUCACGUCGAGGAUACCGAUAUGAUGAGGAUAGCAAAUACGAUUCACAACAUCGACGACGAGGGCGACGAGGACGUUAUGAUGGCAAUGACGAUGGCUACCGCCGAUCUCGACGUCGAUCCAUCUCACCCAACCGUACAAAUGAUGAUGACAACAACAAAUAUAUUGAUAAUGGAGACGAAAGUGCAGCUAAACAAGAUGUCAAGGAUGACGACAAACCCAUUGAAAUUCCAGAACAUCUACGUGGCCGUUUGGGGAAUUUAUCUUAGUCUUCUUAAUUUAGCAUUUUUAUUUUAUAUUUAUAUCUGUUGCUAGUAGAAUGUCACUUACCAUUACUUGUAUAUUUUUUUUUUAUCAGUCAUCCUCAAUAAAAGAAAAUAAUGAUAAUCAACGUCCACAUCAUU